AUGCUUUGGUUACCAUUAUUAUUGUUAGGUAGUCUUGUAUCGGUUUCUGCUUUAGAUGCCGACAUCAAGGAAGAUACAAUUACACAAGACGUUGCUGAUUAUAAUUUGGGUACUGUUAAGACCAAAAAAGAUACAUUCUGGUCUAUUAUUAACAAUGUGAAAUUUCUUUAUACUGGAACCAUGACUAAUGAUGGUUCUACUUUUAUUACUGCUACAUCAGAAAACAAACCAUUACAAGUUGAAGGGAUUGCAACAACAGGAAGACUUUACAAUAAUGGCUUGUUGGUACUUAAUUCUAUUGAAGCAACUUCUGGCCCAAGUAGUUUUAGAUUUGGUGGGGCAACUUUUGAUAACAAAGGAACAAUUUAUCUUGGUAGUGCACUGACAACUGAUCAAAUAACAACUGAUCUUACUGGUAGAGCUUGGUCCAAUUCUGGUACUAUUCAUGUUUACAAAGACAACACUACAGAGACCCGUGGGAAGCUUAAUUUAGGUUAUACUGCUGCUCUUAAAAAUACUGGUUCUAUCUGUCUUUACAAUCAAGAUUAUCUUCAAACAUCAGGUAUUUCAGGUACUGGUUGUAUAUUAGCUUCUAGAAACACGUUGUUAGAAUUGAGAACCAAUCAUGCUUCUGCAGACCAAACCAUUAUUCUUGAAGAUUCAAGUACUUUGGGAGUUAUGGGUGCUGCUGAUUAUACAUUUACUGUUGCAGGUUUCGGUAAUGGCAACAUUAUUAAAAUUGGUCAUACAAUUACCGAUAUGGCUUACGAUGCUGAAAAAGGUAUUUUAACUUUGAGCUACAACAAUUAUCGGAAACACUUCAAGAUUGGUGAAGGUUAUGAUUUUGACUUAUUUGAACAGGUUUCCGAAUUUGCGGUUAUUUACAAUGGUCCUCCUCCAGAAGGUUCGACUAGUACUUCGCAUUGUUUACCUUGUGAGCCUGAAUUCCCUGUUGCUCCUGGUACCAUACCAAAAGUAUACACUACAUUUAUUGAAACCACUGUUGAUGGUAUAACAAGUACUGCUGGUGCAGUAGUUUAUGUGCUUAGAGACCCAGAUGGUGUUAUGAAUGUUGAGUCUAUUCCAUGGAUACCCCCACUCACAAGUGAUAUUGAAGACAAAUCAUACUCAGAAUUAUCUGAUCUCUCUUCUUCAGACACACCACAAUACCUUUCAACAGAUGGAAUUUCAGCAACUCCAACUUCUAAUGGUGACCUUGAAACCACAGAAACCGAUUCAGCCAAAGAAUCAGGUUCUGGAAAUGAACCAGACAAUGAAUCAGGAAAUGGUUCUGAAAAUGGAUCUAGUGAAUCGGAAAAUGGAUCUGGUGAAUCUGGUAACGAAUCUGGCAACGAAUCUGGUAACGAAUCUGGUAACGAAUCUGGUAACGAAUCUGGUAACGAAUCUGGUAACGAAUCUGGUAACAGUUCUGGUAACAGUUCUGGUGAAUCUGGAAAUGGUUCCGGUGAAUCUGGUAAUGGUUCUGAAUCAGGAAAUGGUUCCGGUGAAUCAGGAAAUGGAUCCGGCGAAUCUGGUAAUGGUUCUGAAUCUGGUAAAGGUUCUGAAUCAGGAAACGGUUCUGGUGAAUCUGGAAAUGGAUCCGGUGAAUCUGGUAACGAAUCAGGAAACGGUUCUGGAGAAUCUGGUAACGAAUCAGGAAAUGGCUCUGGUGAAUCAGGAAAUGGCUCUGGUGAAUCAGGAAACGGUUCUGGUGAAUCUGGAAAUGGAUCCGGUGAAUCUGGUAACGAAUCUGGUAACCGUUCCUGA